AUGGGUUACAAACUUUGUCUGCUACUGCUGCUGAGCAGCUACACCCUGGCUCAGGACAGUAUUGACAGUGACCAAACUCCAACAUGUCUGCUGGCAUCCAGAUUCAAGGCCUUCAGGAAAUAUGUGUACCGGUACACAACAGAGAGUCAAAAUGGUGUGGUGGGCACGUCCAACCUUAGAAAUGGCCCAAAAGUCUCUUGUCAGGUCGAGAUCGAAGUCCCCCAAACAUGUCGCUUCAUCAUGCAGACCACAGACUGCUCUCUCAGUGAGGUGUCUGACAUGGAUCCCCAGGGCCAGCCGGCCUUCGGGGAGGCCCCCAGCUCAGACGCCUUCAGGACCGCCAUGGAAAAGAACCCUCUGAAGUUCUCUGUAGAGGACAUGACCAGCGUCAAGCUUUUCCCCGAGCCGGACGAGCCGGUCAACAUCCUCAACAUUAAGAGGGGAAUCAUUUCUGCUCUACUUGUGCCCAUUUUGGAGGAGGAGCAGGAAAGACUUAUGAGCACAGUGCAUGGCCAGUGUUCAACAUCCUAUUUAUUGCAAAUAGUCGAUCCCUUCGAUGUGACACUAUCGAGAGAUCUGUCCAAAUGUGAUCAGUUUUAUGGCAGGGUGCUGCCCAACAGCCCUCUGGCCCUGCUGCAAAAACUGCAUAGCCCCUUGUCUAAGCUGAUCACAAGCUCUCAGAACUGUAACUACGUGUUCGACGUAAAAGGAAAGCAUAUCGCCACAGCGAUGUGCACAGAAAAACACAUCUACUUGCCUUUCUCCAAUGGAGACAGUGGAAUAUCAUCGAUCGUGACUCAGAAGCUCAGUUUACAGAACACCAAAAGAAUCAACAACCGAGUGUUUGAUGUCAACCCGGAGCAGAGAAAGCCACUCCACUUUGAAGACCCUGAUGAAAAAGCUCCAGUUCAGACCAAAGACGCUGUUCUGAGCACCUUCCAGGAGCUUGCAGGCUUGGCAACUACAGACCAGGGUCAGAGGAGGACCAGCUUGUUCCAUAAGCUGGUGUCCAGCAUGCGCGUCCUGAGGAAUGAGACUCUGAGCCAAGCGGUUGCUGACAUGUUCGAUACGUCGGGCUGGCUCACCUGGCAGGCCCUGUUCCAGUGCGGAACCCCAGAGUGCACCAGCGCCAUCCUCCAGGUCAUCAGGACCAUCGAUGGGGUGUCACUGGAGGUGGAUGCGCUUGUCUACGGCCUGGGCCUGCAGGCUGACCCUGAUGAAGCGCGUGUCCGCGACAUGCUCAGCAUGGCUCAGUACAAACAGAGCAAAGCGAUCAUGUACGCCCUGGCCAACAUAGUUGAGAAGUUCCACAAAUCAGAAGUCUCCCCAGUGGUCACAGAUGUGUCAAAGUUUAUGGAAACACUCUUAGAUGACUGCUCAGGAGAGAACAGAGAUACAGAUGCUGAGUAUUAUGUCGACCCCGAGGAGACGUAUUUCCUCGUUCUGAAGGUUGUUGGAGUCAUGGGUCACGCCAUGCAAGACGUUAGCCCCAGCCUGCUUUCUUCUAUCUCACAGUGUGCAAAGAAAAACGAUAUGUCAUUGUUAACUCAGAAAGCAGCCAUACAGGCCUUCAGGAGGAUGGACAUGAAUGAUGAGAUCAGAGAAGUUCUCAUGGAGGUGUACCAGGACACCCAGAACCCUGCUGAGAAACGUAUCGCUGCUUACCUGGUUCUCAUGAAGAACCCAGACAUCGCACUGGUUAGAGACUUGACAAUCGUUUUUGAGAAUGAACAAGAUGAGCAACUCAAAAGUUUUGUGCUCUCCCACCUCAACAACAUCCGUACGUCAAGUAAUCCCGACUCCCAUAAAGUCGGUGGGUUCAUUGAGCAGGUCUUGAGAGAAAUACCGACGCCAAAUGAGAUCCAAAGCAGAAUGUCAGGCAACUACAAACUGGACUCCCCUCUGGGCUCUGUACAGACCAACAUUAUCUUUGAUAAUGACGCCUUUCCUAAGGAGAUGACGCUCGGAGGCAACCUAAAAGUAUUUGAUGAUGACUAUGAUGUUUUUGAGGUGGGCAUGGAGGGUAAUGGAUUUAAACAAACAAUCGAUGCACUUUUUGGAGAGCGAGGUUUCUUCCGUGAAUCUAUCUCCAAGAUCAUGAACAGAGUCUCCCCCCAGAAAAACAGAAUGAAGCGACAGGUUCCACAGAAUCUUUUGAGAGACAUCACAAAUGCUUUCCAGAAGCUCAUGGAUGAUGUGCGUUCCUCAUCUUCACCUGAAGCCAUCGCCUAUCUCCGACUUCUGGGAAAAGAGAUAGGAUACAUGAAGAGCGCAGAAAUGAGGAAAAUGCUCGAGACUUUCCUCAUGUACCAACAUGUCUUCAUGAGGGUGCUACCAUACAAGGCCUUUUCUGCGUUAACAUCCAGCACUGAAAAUGAAGUUUUUGGUCACUACAUCUUCAUGGAGAAUGCCUUCUCUCUACCCACCGCCUCUGGCUUCCCUCUGAAAUACUCACUUGCAGGAGUGUUUGCACCUGGUGCUAAAGGAGGCCUGAAUCCUUCCCUACCGACUGAAUUGUCCUUCAUGCCUUCCGUUGGGCUGGAGUUCAUCACCGAAAUGGGAGUGCAUGUCCCAGACUAUGUGGACUCAGGGAUUGAGAUGCACACCAAUUUGUUCCAUGAGAGUUCUCUUAAUGCAAAAAUUGCCAUAAACAAGAACCAAGUGAAGCUGUCCAUUCCUGCCCCCACAACAAGCACUCAGCUGUUCAGCAUCAGCAAUGAGCUGCUUUCAGUCUCAUCCGGUCAAACAAGAAAAGUGCCGUCUGUGGAGGACAAGGUAGACUCAGUCGAGUGCCAGCCCUUCAUCAGCGGCCUGAACUUGUGCACUGUAAUGCUCUAUCCUAAUGCUACUUCAGCGGACCAAGCCCCUUAUUACCCACUGACUGGAGAAACCAAGUUGGGUGUUGAGAUUCGGCCCACAGGGGAAGUUUCUGAAUAUUCCGCCACCAUCACUGAAGAAACUCUCAGAGAGGGUAAAAAGGGCCGUCACAAAGUGGAAACCCUGAAGCUAACCCUGAAGGCAGAAGGAGACGACUCUACAGAGGCCACCGUAGCCCUGAAGUACAAUCGAAAUAAACACAUUCUGUCCACUGAUGUUCUCAUUCCUGACUACGAUGUGGAAGCAGGCAUCAAGCUGGCUUUGACCGACAGCGACAGCAACGGCUUGAAGAUGCGAGGUGUCACCAUUGACGUCACAAAUAAAAACAUCCCACAGAUGACUGUUGUUGGACGCACAAGACUUGACAAAAUGAGAAAUGCCAUGCUGCAACUCCAGAUGGCCAUUCCCUCACUAAAUACUGACGCAUCCAUCACUGCAAACCUGAGGAAGGAAGACAAUAUGUUCAUGGACAUUGAAACAGUUGUCCAAGUCCCCGAAACAUCCUACCAACAAAAAGCUUCUCUGAGAUACGAUGAUGACAAGCUUGAACUGGAAAUGAAAUCGGACUUCAAUUCAGAGAUACAAAAAAUGAUCCCAAAUCUGGAAAAUCACCACAGGCAGCUCCAACAGCUUAUUGAUAAUAUCCUGGACCAGAAAGUAGCAAAGACUGACAUGAAACUGCGACACAUAGUCACCAAAGGAAUAGAGGCAGGAAAUAUAUGGCUGGACAAACUGACAGCAAGCUUCCCCUAUCUUGCUAAUCUGAAGAGGAGCUCUUCAGAUCUUACUCUGCCAGCCUUGCCUGAAAAACUGUUUUUGCAAUCUGACAGCUUGCUCCGAUACCAGUUCAACAAGGAAAAAAUGGCCGUCUCGUUGCCUCUUCCAUUUGGAGGCAAAAAGUCAGAAGAGCUGAACAUCCCAAACACUCUUUCUGUGCCUGUCAUAGAUCUACCAGAGAUAGGUCUGUAUAUCCCAGCCAACAGCUAUCAGCUGCCAACGUUCACCAUACCACCUUCUCUGGAUUUCACCGUUCCGCUCCUUGGCUUGGCCGAAGCAUCCUCCAAGAUCAACAGCAACUUCUACAGUUGGGAAGGGUCAAUCGCUGGUGGCAACAACACCGUUGAUGUCCCAAGCUACGUGGCACAAUACAAGGCGAUGGCCCAAUCUCCUUUAUGCCUACUGUCAUACAAGCUUGAAGGAACUGGAAUGAUGUCUGGAAGACCUGAUGAAAAUCUCAAGUAUCUUCUGAAUAACUCCCUCAGUCAUUGCCUUAUCGACACAAGCUUCAGUGUCUUGGAAACGAUAAAAGUUACAGACAAAUUGAAUGCAAGAGCUAAUUACAAGUUUGAAGCAUCCAGUCCCUUGGGCCUGCAAGCAUCUGUCUACUAUUCUGCUCAGUCAACUUCCGCUCCAGAUUCAGAUGAACUCUCAGGAGACGGGACUGUGGAUGGGUCAUUUAAAAUUGGCUCGUUCUAUGCAAAUACGUCUUACACCAACAGCUACAAUGUCCGUCCAUUAGGCCGUGAGGGAAGAGGCCAGUCCACCUUCCAGUUUUAUUCACCAAUCAUCCAGGUGGACAACAUGAUCCAAGGUGUUUAUGCAAAUGAUGAGUUGAACAUUGUGUCCAAAACGAGUGCCCAAAAAGACAUCCUCAAACAUGUUGCAGAGCUCAAGUAUAAAGAUGCACAACUGACCCUAAAGUGCAAUGCCAUUGCCAAAGCUUUGGGUAAAUCACUGAACAACAAAGUGGAGCUUGGCGCGUCCAGUAAAAUGGCUCUGGUUCGAAUUGAGUCACAGGCAGAUGAUGAUGCAAACCGGGUUUAUUCUCUCAUCACUGGACUCCUGGACUCAAAUGGACUCGAAGUAAACUCUGAGGGUACCAUCGUCUUCGAUGCUGGUCGCGGAUUGCACAAAGCCUCUGUUAAAGUUGGGAAAAAUGGCCUGACCACAAGUGGAACUAACAGCAUUCAGUGCAGUCCCGUGACAUUUGAGAAUAUCUUCAAUUGUGCCAUAGAUGGCAAUGGAGCAUCAGUGUCCUCUACUACAAAAGCAAUGGCUGACGAGGGCAGAGGAGAGAUGAAAAUUGAGGGCAAAGUCACCCCAACUGAAGCCUAUUUUAAUGGUGACCUUAAAGGUCAUAUGUAUGAUGGAACCACAACAAACAACCUGAAUAUGGCACUGAACAGAAGAGGUCUGACCCUAACAGGCAACAACAGGGGAACACUGAAUCAGAUGGAAACUGAGAACAGCCACAAACUAACAGUCACUUUGUGGACACUCAAUUUACGCUCCAAGACCAACAACGUCCUCGGUAAAGACGUUUCCUACAAACACGAUGCCGUGGUUGACGUGAAGCCAUUCGUUAUGGGAGUUGAUAUGACAAAUGACCUCAAGCUGUACGAUGUCAGUUUGAACAACGAAGGCCAUAUGAAGCUGGAGCCAAUCAAAGUGGAUCUCAGUGGAAGUUUGAGGGCGGCGUAUGGAGACGAUCACAACAUGAGACACUCCUAUGAACUCACAUAUGAUAAUAUGGCUGGUACAGCGAAAAGCAAGACUUCUGGAAACUUAAAGGACACCCAGCUGAGUCACAACUGUGAAGUGCAAUUUGCCGGACUUUCUUCAACCACAAACUGCGAGGCGCGAAUGAAUUCAGAGCCUUUUCGCUUUAAUGGCACCAUUCGCACAAUGGCACUGCCUUUCAGCCUCACACUUGAAGCUUUUGUGGACAGUGAUGGAGAAAUCCAUCUCAAGGGAAAGCACACUGGAGAACUGCGCAGCGCGUUCGUGCUUGAAGCUAAGCCGGCCAUCCUCGUUUACGCACAUCAGAGCCAAGUAUCAGCCACACAUCAGCUUUCAAGCGGAGAGUCUUCCACUAAUCUCGACUACGAAUUUGGAGGUCUCUUAUCUCCAAGUGACCAACGUUUGAAGUGGAAUUUAAAAUCUAAACUGAAUGACCACAGUUACCAGCAAGAUAUUAGCGGGUAUAAUAAUCCAGAGAAGGUUGGAUUGGAGUUUUCAGGAGUAUUAUUGACAGAGAUUUCGGGCAAAUCCACUCCAGAAAUGCAAGAAUAUAGUAUGAGUGGUUUCCUCAAAUACGACAAGAACAGUGACUGUCACAUGAUCGAGAUCCCUUUCAUUGAGAGUUUCCCUGCUGCUUUUGAACAGCUCAAGACAACACUCGUACAAGCCUUACAGUCUCUACAAGAGUACCUUCUCAAUUUAGAUGUGAAUCAGCUCAUCGCCGACUUUAGAGUCAAGUUGGACCAGCUACCAAGGCAAGCAAAUGACCUCAUGCAAGCAAUGGACUUGGAAAACAAAGUGAAUCAGGUAAAAGCAAAACUCGAUUACAUGAUCAAUGAAUUUGGAAUAACAAUGGAUGACUUAGAGCUUGCAGUAAAAAAUCUGAUCGAAAACUUGGAAUAUGUUCUGAAGGACACUUUCACCAAACUUCGUGACUUCUUCCUUAACCUUGAAGCCUAUAUCAAUGACGGACACUUUGCAGACAAGAUUACAUCUUUUUUUUAUAAUAUUGGGAAUCAUUUACAGGACUUGGAUGAUAGAUAUAAAAUUAAGGAGAAAUUCAUCAAAAUGCUCAAUGUUAUUGACGACAUUAUUAGACAGAUUGAUUUACAGAAACUCGGAGAAACCAGUGCUGCUUUCCUGCAAAACCUCGAUGCUAAAUAUGGAAUUUUAAAAAUGAUGAAAAAUAGAGUAUCUGAUAUAAAGGAAGCUAUGGAAAACUUUGAUAUUAAUGAAUCUUUACAAAAUAUAAAAAAUUAUCUACUGUCAAUUGAUUGGGUGGCGUAUGUUGAACAACUAAGAAAUAUGAUCCCUUCAUCAGAAAUAGCAAACAUUAUGGAAUCGAUGAAUGAUGUUCUCGUUAACUGGAUUGAUGAGUAUGAAAUACCCAACAAGCUAACUGCAGUUUAUUCUUACCUUAAGGAUUUAGUUUUGAAAUACAAUCUUGACAAUAUGUUGAAACAAUUCAUGGAUCAGGCCGUCGUACUUGUGAAUGACUUUAAAAUUGCUGAGACAGUGAAGUCAAUGACUGACACUUUGAAAUCUUUCAAUUAUGAGACUCUCUAUAACAAUAUCAUGCAAUUUCUGUAUGGUGUGACAGACCAGCUCAAAUCAAUUGACUUCAGGAAAAGCAUUGACGACCUUAAUGAGUGGAUUUCAUCUACGCUUAACGCAAUGGAGACGUUUAACUACAAUAACUUUGUUGAUGAGACAAAUAGAAAACUAGCUGAAUUUAUUCAAUAUGUCAAUGACCAGAUUAAGGCGUAUGAGAUUGUACAGAAAAUUGAGGCUCUUCGGGACUUCUUCAGAGAAAUUCAAAGUUCCAUUUUCUCAUACUUGGAAGAACUCAAAAACACUAAGGUGGCUGAUGCAUUAAGGAAACUGAAAACUGUCAUUGACACUACAUUUUACAAUGACUUAAAAAUAAAAUUGCAGGAUAUGCUUGAGGACGCAAGGCAGAGAAUCUCUGACAUGGAUAUUCGAGAUGAAAUGUACAAGUACCUCCAAAGAGCGAGUGAAUCCUAUACCAACAUCAUCGCCUACAUUUCUAAACAGUUUGAUCAUGUGAUGGACAAGAUAAGGGACACAGUCCAGGACAGUGACGUCUAUAAUGGGCUGAAACGAGCUGUUGAUGGUGUUCUGGGCAGGCUGAGAAAAGCUGAGAUUGAGGUUCCCUCCUUCACCAUUCCACUCACUGACCUCGUCGUACCAGCGUUUGCCUUGAAUCUGAACAAACUCCAGGAUAUCACCAUUCCAGCGAAAUUUUCACUCCCUGAAUUCACUAUCCUCGACACAUACACAAUCCCUGCCUUUACUAUAGACUUCGAGGAGAUCAAAGCUAAGUUGAUUGCAAUCAUAGAAGACAUCCGAGACUUUGAGAUCCAGACACCUGACCCUGACGACAUCUUUGGUGAUCUAAAAGUACUUUACCUGUCCGAUCUGCCUGAUCUCACACUACCGGAGAUAACCCUUUCAGAAAUAAAAGUACCUUUUAUCAACAUUCCUAAAUUAAACCUUGAUGAAUUUAAAAUCGUCAAUCUUCAAAUUCCUGAAGUCAAAUUUCCUGCAAUUCCAAGUGACAUUUGUGUCCCAGUUUUUGGAAAACUUCAUGGACAAUUCAACCUGAGCAUCCCACACUAUACUCUGUUGACGGCAGGAAAAAUUGAAAACUCAACGACCAAUCUGAAAAAUCCACAAUUUACCGCCAGCCUCACGUCACAAGCUAAAUCUUCCCUGGAGCCUCUGGAAUACACAUUUGAAGCCACAGCUCAGUUGGAAGCCCCCAGAAUGAAAAAACUGUUAUUCAAGGAGACAGUCAAAGCCACACACAUGGCCUUCUCUAUUGAUCAUGACGGAUCCUUGUCACUUACCGGACCUUCUGCCGAGGCCUCUGCGAAGACUACUGCCAAAGCUACAACCCCAGUGUACACAGCAGACUUGUUUAAUAAUAUGGCUCUAACAUUAUCAGAUGGAAUCAGUGCAACCAUGGACACAGCCUACGAUCACAACUUCAUCAUCCCAUCAAUUAAAACUGCAAGUCAGGCGUCAAUGAAGCAAAACCUAGCAGCUACAGUUGAACCAGGCAAGAUUACCAUGACUGCUGAUACGACCGCUGAUGGAAAGUGGACGAUUCAAGAGUACGCUGAUGAGGGUAAACACAAAAGCAAUGUCGAGUUUGAGAUCGAUUCCAGUGUUGCAAAGUUAACUUUUGUAGAGGAAACAGACACCGGGGAAAUAAAAAUGAAGAAAAUGCUGAAAGCUGAAGCUGUGAGUUUAAGCCACAUCACCGUUGAUGCCAGAUGUGAAAGUGAAGUUCCAUCUGUCAAGAUGAGCGUUCUGGUUUUGAAUGGAGAGGCUCACAUUGGGGACUUGAAAGUUGCACUGACGGCCUCUCAUAAUGCUGAAUUCACAAAAAAUCUGGGGGGCUCUAUGUACAACUCACUGGAAUUCAUGGCCCAUCCGUUUGAGAUUGUCCUAGAUGUUAAAAAUAAAUUAAACUCAAAGAUAUUCUUCCCCAUAAAAAUCACUCAUAAGUUGGAUAUCGAGCAUGAUUAUGGCCUUAUCCUCAACGCUGAUAAACAGUUUGCAUUUUCGUUGGCCUCAACACGAUUCAAUCAGUACAAGUACCGUCACAACAUCAAAGCGGAAAACAACGACAUGGACAUCUUUCUCCAUGCUUCAGCAAAUGGGGAGGCUAAUUUGGGCUUUUUGACCGUCCCUCUCUCUCUCCCAGAGAUUACUAUACCUUAUCUUGCAAUCACCAUUCCUGAGGUUAUUGACUUUUCUCUGUGGGAAAAUACCGGCCUCAAAAACUUGCUCUCCACACCUCAGCAGUCCUUUGAUAUGAACUUCAAGCUUGAGUACUCCAAGAACCCUGAUGUGCACAGCUUCGAAUUGCACCUGGAACCGUUCUACAAUGCUUUCAGUGACAAUGUCAACAUGAUCCAGGCUCAGUUUGAGGACUGGAGAGACAAAGUAGUUGCACUUCUGGAAGAUUCCUACAACCAAGCUAAAUCCCAGUAUAUCAAGCACAAAAUUGAAACUUCCAGCAUACCUCCCAGAAUUUUCAGAGUCCCAGGAUACAAAAUCCCAAUUUUGAAUAUUGAGGUUUCCUCUUUCAGGGCUGAAAUGCCAGCUUUUAACUACUUUGUCCCCAAGGCAGUCAGUACACCGAGCUUCAAAAUUCCAGCGCUGGGAUUCUCUGUGCCCUCCUAUACAGUUGUACUACCAACUUUGAAGUUCCCUGUCAUCCAUAUUCCAGAAACCUUAAGAGAUUUACAGCUGCCCAGUUUCAGGCUACCGGCCAUCCAGAACAACGUUGUGAUCCCUGCUAUGGGUAACAUCACUUUUGACUACUCCUUCAAAUCCACUGUGAUUACCUUGACUGCUCACGGAGGCCUUUACAACCAGUCUGACAUCGUUGCUCGGUUCGGUAGUUUGUCGACAUCUGUGUUUGAUAUUCUGAAUUCCAAAAUUGAUGGCACAACAAGUCUGACAAGAAAGAGAGGACUAAAACUGGCCACAACUGUGUCCUUGGUACACAACAAUUUGGAAACAAAUCAUGAAUGUGCAAUCAAUCUGAACAAAAGGAGCGUGGACGCUUCUGUAGCAAACACUGCAAAAAUCAAUCUGCCAUUCCUCAAUCUGGAAAUUAAUGAAGAGCUUACUGGAAGUACCAAGACCAAGUCUAGUCUUUCGUCUAAAAAUAAAUUAAAGUACAUGUUCAAUAUUCCCCUGAUAGAGUCAGUAGGCAAAGGGAAUCUUGAUGUGAACUGGGAACUAGAAACUCUUUCAUCUCAUGUGUCAUUGGAGACUUUCACACAAGGAAAGACAGACAUGACUUUAAUGGACAGCCUUAAUUUUGCGGGAGAUCUUGAAAAUAUCGCUAAAUUCUAUAUUAAUGUUAAUGGCCUUCGUUCAACUAUGAGGACUACCUUAAACUCUAACAUCGACAAGCAGGAGAGACAAAAACGGAGCUCAAACAACAAUAUCUUACUGUUCAACUUGAAUAAGAACAUGGCUCUUGAAGCUUCCUUGCGUCGUAUAUUUGGAACCCUCGAUUACUCAAGCAGUAACAACAUGGAGUUUUUAUCUUUCGACUCAAAUGGAAAGCACACUGUGAAUGGAGAACUUGAUUUUGUUCCUUUAACAACCCUCAAGACUAGAUUGAACAUUGAUGCAAGCCAAGCCAGCAGCUUAGGUAAUGUUGGGCUCAUUCAGAACAUUAACCUUGUCGUCGGCUCUGAGAAGCAGUCUUUCUCCUGGAGCGGUAAGGAACAACUGGCGUCUUUUAUCCAUGCUUGCGACUUCCUCAUGUCAAAUGAUGAAUCUGAAGCUCGGGUGGACUUAAGUGGAUCCGUGGAAGGUCAUCUAGCAUUUUUGAAAUCAGUAAAGCUUCCUGUUUAUCAGAAGAAUCUCUGGGAUGUGCUCAAGUUCAACCAGGUCACAAGUAUGGACGACUUGCAGUUCCUUAAUUUCUCGUCGAGUGUUGUGUACACAAAGAGCAUGGACGGUCAGGAGUUUGCAAUACCGUAUAGGCUAUUUGAAAACGGCGUCACUUUUAGCGUUCCUGAGGUUAGCAUUCCAAUACCCUCUUGGUUAAAAUCAGUUCCAGACUCAAUAAGGAACAUUGACAUGCGACUUGAAAACCCUGAUGUACCUGAACGUCUCACUCUGCCCCCACCAAUUACGGUGCCAGCAUUUGAUAUUCCUUUUACCAGUCUCCAUGUCGAAGCAUUUACGAUUGAUCCCAAGAAUUUUAACGUCCCGAAAGUGAUCACCACCGAAGCCUUUGAAAUCCUGCUGCCCGGCUUGCCAACGUUAUCAGUGCCCAGUUACGAUAUUGACACAGAAUAUCUACAGGGCAAAAUGUCAUUCCUUCAAUUCAAGAUACCGCAACAUGAAGUCACAGUUGGCGGGUAUACCUUCAGUCUAAACCAAAUCACAAACCCCAUUUUCAACUUUGAACUUCCAACCAUCAUGAUUCCACAGCAGAACAUUGAAAUCCCGGAAGUUACCCUCAGUUUGCCUUCAAGUGUGUUCAUACCAGCCUUCGGAGCUCUCAGUGCCACUUUUAAGAUUUCCUCCCCCAUUUAUAAUGUGUCAACAAGCGCUACUGUGGAGAAAAAGGACUCUGAUCUCGUAACUUCGCUGAAUUCUGUCUGCACGUCCACCCUGAUCUUCUUGGAAUAUGAUCUCACAGCUCUUGCAACCACUGGAUAUGAAAAUGGAGUACUGAAUCUGAAUGGGAAGUGCAACCUGAUCCACAAUGAUGUGAAUGUCGACUGGCAGCAUGCUUUGGCACAAAACCUAAGAUCAAAGCGCCAAACCUCGCAGGCCGAUUCAGCGGAGUCCCGGCAUACUCUCAAUAUCGACGUCAAAAGUCCAACAUUUGUUGAUGGGAACUUCCGCUUUGCUUCACGCAAAGAUAGCAUCACAGCAUCCGUGUCUUCGCCGUCCUCUGGUUUUCUUGGAUUUCAGUUUCUGAAGAGAUCCCCUUCGCAGCUUUAUGGAAAACUGUUCAGUCGCCAUCUGUCUUCACCUGAGAAGGACAUCGAUGUUCUCACGGCCAAAGCGACGCUGAGAAACUCGGACAAGUUGACGUUUCAGACGACGUGGAACUGGGAGUUCUUCCACGAUGUGAUUGAAGCCACCAAGGACAAAACUCCUGAGAUGAGGGAGGCUGUGCUCAAGUUCAUCAACAAGUAUCACACCUACCACUUCGGCUUUGAUCUCAACCGUGGCAGCAUGAAACUGAAAAACACGUUGUCCAACGUCGUAGAGAGGGCCUACCACGAGGCGCCCGUGUCCUUCGACGCAGUGCAGGACGCAGUCUCCAACCUCGGUGAUCAGGGAAAAGAUCUGUACAGGAAGGCGUCGGACAGCCUGAUGUCCAUGAGCGCGGAGGACAUUCAGGAGACUGUAAAUAGCAAGGUUAGACAAAUCAACAGACAUAUUGAGAUGAUUUUGAUGGACCUGCUAGACACAGUUAAACAAUUUUUACAAGAUACAACGAUUCCAUGGAGAGAACAAAGGGUGUCUUUAUAUGAAAUUGUCGGAGAAGCCCGUCGCUCGGUUUCACUAGCAACCGACAGAGCAAUGACCAAUAUUAGAAGUGUUGUUUCUGAUAUUAAUCAGCGCAUCAAACAUACCGAGUUCACUAUACCUGGAACUGACAUUGUAUUUAAGGGUGUUGAUGUUGUGGAAGAACUGCAGUCUUUCAGAAACUCCGCCAUGAAGCUGAUCAACCGUUUUUUAAUCGCAGUGAUCGAUUUUGUUGAAAGCAUAACAGCAGGUGCUUUUCAAGUCAUUGAAAAACAUGCAGGAAAUGUUCUCGCUUACCUAAAAGAUGUCAACAGGAAAUUGUCCCCUCAAGUUGACGCUGUUCACGAUGACGUUCGCCAGUUUGCAAAACAGCAUACAGAGGAUGCAAAGAACCUUGCAGCCGAGUAUAAAGAUUUCAUCAAACUACAGAUUCAAGACACCUACAGUCAUUUUACUAUGGAGCGAGUGAACAACGGAAUUAGAGAUCUGAUCACUGAUUUGCAGUUGUUUGUCUAUAACACACUGGGCGAACUUGGAGAUCUGAUAAGAAGGGUCUCCCAGAGCACAGCCCCGUACGUCAGAGUGAGCAACAAAAAAGUGGACGUUGAAGUUCCUCUGCCCUUCUUUUGGAAGUCUUUCAGCGAUUGGCCAACGCAUUUCAGACAGUGA